UCAAGAAAAAUACAACAACGAAGGUAAAUGUCGUCUGCAUCCGUUAUGACAUAUCACGUGACUUGGCGUGAAUUUCCCGCCAUGUGUCAGAGACUGUCAGCUGGUCGGAGUUUGUGAACUAUUGUUUUUAUCGAAACAGCGAACUUUUCCACAGGAAAAUCAGGAUUUUAUAUCAAAAGGGAGAGAUGGAGGAUGUGUUUGGUGGGAGAACCUACACAAGAGGUGGUAGAAACAGAAAGCCACUGCUACCAAUUGAAAACAAAAAUGCAGUGCUGACCGGCAAACAAGACACUGGGAAAAAGAAUGUCCCCAACAAAAAAUUGCAACCGAAAAGGAAGCCCAAAAUUACAGCAGCAACAAAACAGAAACGACAAAAAGCAGAGAUAGUGCAGCAGCAAGAAGUUAAAGAAAAAGAUGAUUCUCUUCUUAACGAUACCCUGUUUGGCGAAGAUAUCGUGCCUAGGAAAAUGGGAGCAAGAGGUCGCCCAGCUGGAAAGGCCAGUGAAAGUACUUCAAAGCAAGCGAAAAAGGUUUCUGUAGCCGUCCAUGAAGACCAGAGUGAAGAGUAUGUGGCAGCUUUAACAGUUGAAAACCUGUCCAAAAGAAAGAAAGAGACAGCAUCAGAAAGCAGGGAUGACAAAGUUGGCAACUGGUUGAAGACAGCGCAAUGCUCCCAGCAUACAGCUGGAAGUAUUGAUUUAAACUCACAAGAGAUCAACAUGGAGGAGCCAACUCUACCAAUUAAUGAUGACAAGUCUAGAGCUGUGGCAGGGGAGGCUACUAUUGUUGAGGACAAGGGACAUAACACUAGUAAUGUGGAAGACAGUAGGGGAAAUAACUCUAGCAUUGAGGUCAGGAGAGGGGCGGAAGUGAUAUCAGCUGAUGAAAGAAGAGCUAAGCUGUUUCCAAGCCAGUUUGAUUCCAACAUGGCGACUGUUUUGAGCAACAUUGGUCACCUUCCGAGCGCAAAGUCUGAAAAAUAUCUGCAAGGCAAGAAAGGAGCGUUCUUGAAUCAACUCCGUGGCAUGCACUCUUUAAAAGAUUAUUCAAGAUCAAGAAGAGAGAGCUUUGGAAAAGAUAAAACCGACACAGUAGAGACAGGUAAUGACGUGUACACAAGUGGAACGUCCUAUACCAAAUAUACAACUGGCAGCCAACUCACGGGACUGACUACUGCCACUGGCAGCCAACUCACAGGAAUGACCACUGCCACUGGCUUUACAACUGGCAGCCAACUCACGGGAAUGUCCACUGCCACUGGCUUUACAACUGGCAGCCAACUCACGGGAAUGUCCACUGCCACUGGCUUUACAAGUGGCAGUCAAAUCACGGGAAUGUCCACUGCCACUGGCUUCACAACUGGCAGUCAAAUCACGGGAAUGUCCACUGCCACUGGCUUUACAAGUGGCAGUCAAAUCACGGGAAUGUCCACUGCCACUGGCUUUACAACUGGCAGUCAAAUAACCGGACAGACCACUGACCAAUUAUCUACAGUGGUGUCAGGAUCUAGGCUUGUUUCAGCAGCUUCAACAGACGUUUCAAUUGAGAAAGAUGUGUCUAAGACAAGUUGUCUUAAAAAACUGUCUGCCCCAAAGGCCAAGACCUACUUUUCAUCAACAUUGAGAAAGAGUACAUCACCCAAUGAAAUGUUUCCCUCUGAUCUGUCUGAGAUUGUAGGAUCUGGUAGCAAAAUAAAGCAGCUGGAACAGGAGAAGACUCCAAAGAGGCCAAAUGAAUUCAUCAUGCCAAGAUCUCCAGUUAAGGUCUUGUCACGGCCCUGUCGCCAAGGCAACCUUGAUCAGAAAAACUCCACACAGCUGUUUACCACAGGGUUUGUGGAAAUUGCGGAUAUCAUACCAACCAUAUCUGCCAUUGAGGGGGCAUCAGGGGAGAGGGAUGUUGAAACACCUUAUCAGAAAUCAUAUAAUGCGACAGCUGAAGUGGUCGACAAAAUCCAAGAUGUCGCGAACGAGAAACCAGUACACACUAGCACACCAAACAAAGGCGCAACAUCCAGGGAUAAACAAGACUACUUUAAUCAAUUUGACCUGUCAUCCGUGAAACUGGAUUAUGAGGAAGAUGACCUCCUUCAUUUCAACACGUCCGGUCACAGCGUAAACUCUGAAGAAAUCGUUCCUCUCUCCCGUACAUACAUAGACGAACAAGAGGCUUUUGAUGAGGUUCAGUUUGACAAGAUUACAUUAUUGGCAGAAAAACUAACAAAUCUCAGCACGAAAUCCAAAGGAAAUUCUAAACAAGCACAUAUUUCGACCAAUGAAAUCCUAGGAAUACCCAUAUCAUCCCAGUCUGUGAAUAUUACAACCAAAGUAAAUCCUAAGCUUACACAGAAACAAAGAAAGCCAGAGAGGAAGGUUUCCACAAGAGCAGUGGCCAUAGUGAAACCCCAGGCCAAGAAAACAAAACACCAGCUACAGAGGGAGUACGCCCAUUACAUAAGGCCGAAGAGUAUAGGGGUACAGAGAAAGAGGGGUAAAGGAAGGCGGAGCAGUUCUUCAAGAUCAGCUAUGACUUUUAAUGCAGAGUUAAAAAAGAGACCUUCGUCAAAUAUACCAGACUUGAAGGAUCUUUUUGUUACAAGGAAGCAUUCGAAGAAGCCUGUCACUGUCAAGAAUGGUCCCAUUAAAGAUUUACAUAAUCUGUUUAUGGCGAGAUCUGAUGGAGGGCAGAGGUUUGUUACCAAUGGGGGUUAUGAGCUAGUGAAUGCUGAUGUCCCUAUAUGUCCAUUGAUGAGCCUACCUUUCACGUGUUGGGAGGUUCCUGUGAAGAUGAUACAGUGUAGAGAUCAUGAAAGGAGUUAUGAGGUGCUUUGCUCAGUGCCUCCAAUUGAUAACCUUGUACUGUAAAGAUCACUGGCCACAAACAAUAAACCUACAUGUACAUUAUCAUUAUAUAAAAAUCUGUGAUUGUAAAACAAGAAAUAAUAUUUAUUUCUUGUUAUAUUUAUUAUAAUAUUUGUGUAAAUUAUAAUACAUGUUUAAAUACACAGAUGGCAAUCUCAAUGACAGAUAGUUAGAAUUUGUUUGUAUAGAAAGAUAAAGAAACCACCAUCUCUGAGUGAUAGUGCCACCUCUGUGAAAAUGUAUACAUUAGAUUGUUUUUAUUUUUUUGGUAUAAUUAUUAUAAAACAUGUGUUAUUAAUAAUACAUUAUGGUAGUAUCAAUGGGAGGUAAUGAGAAUUUUUGGACAUAUUAAAUUAUAUAUAUAUAAAAAAAAUUCUCAUCACCUCAUGUAUACAUUUUAUAUAUGUAAAUAACACUAUUUCUGGCUGAUACUGCCUCCUAUGUGAAAAUAUAUACAUGAGAUAACAUUUAAUUUUUGUUAUAAUAAAAUAAUUAUAUUACUGAUUUAAUAAAAAAAAUAUAAUUAUAUAAUUUAUAUUACAUAUGUAAAUACACAAGAGGCAGUCAUAAAAAAAACAUCACCUUUGUCUGAAACUGCAACCUAGGCAUAAAUGUGUACAUGAUAUUACAUUUAAGUUAUAAUAAAAAUAAUUAUAAUUUAUUAUUGGUUAUUGUAAUGUAAGUUGUAAUACAUAGGUAAAUACACAAGUGGCAGUCAUAAAAAAACAUUUAUUCUGACUGAUACUGCCACCUAUACAAGAAUGUAUACAAGAAAUUACAUAUUUUUAUAUAAUGAUUCUUGUGAACAAGGUAUUUUAUAAUGUUUAUGAAAAUACACAGGUGGCAGUAUAUACUAUAUACCGGUACAGAUAAAAAACACAUCUCUGAUUGAAACUGCCACCUAUGUGUAAAUGUAUACUUGAGAUUACAUUUAUUUGUGUUUUAAUUAUAUGUAUUCUAAUACAUGUAUAAAUGUAUGCAUGUGUUAAUGACAUGUAUUCUGUUCAGUAUUCAUUGAAAAUAUGUGAACAAUAUUAAUCAUACCUCCUUAUACACUCAACAAACACUCCUACCCACAGGGUACAAAAGGUAGAAAAAUUAGCUUGUAUAUAUGCUUAUCAAAUAUUGCUCUCCAUGAGCCAAUUUCUGACCACUAUGUGCACGAGUGUAUAAGCAAGGUUUUGUUGAUUUUGUAUUGUGUUCAAAUUAUAUACUCUUUUUUUUUCCUUCAAAUCUGUGAUCCAGAUCCUUUGUGCUUUCAACAGCUAUCUCAGAGACUUUUACAUCCAAUAGUGCUUGUACUUCAUUGUUUGUGUCUAUAAUGUUAAAUUAACUCCUGUGUAUAAAGUUUGCAUUUAGAUAUUUCACGAUGCAUACAUGUAUUACAGUCGCACCCCGUUGGCUCGAACUCGCUUGGCUCGUUGGUUCUUUGGCGUAAACAAGAUGUAAAGGACCAAUUUCUAUUGCUAGAACUACUCGAGGCUCGAGGCAUUUUCACUGGUUCCUUGGAGUUCAAGCCAACUCAAUAAGACUGUAUUAAACAAUGUACUGUUAUCUUAUAUGUGCUAUUCAAAUGUGUCCUGAUUUGUUACAUUGUAUACAAUGUUUGUGUAAGCGUGUAUAAUUAUAAAAUAUGUGCUGGAUUGUAUGAACUAU